GUUGUCACUCCUUAAUCCUUAUCUAAAUUUCAGACUUCAGAGUGGAAGGGUUUAAGUCUCUCCAGAAGGGUUUUUCAACAUUGCUACAGAAGAUAAGGUAACACAUUGCACUCCCUUCUUCUUGUUUAUAUUAUCUCUGUAAUGGCUGCUCCCCUCACCAUGUCUAUGGAUCUUUGUUACAAUAGGAAUGUUCCAACUGCUUCAGAAUCCAAACAUCCCAAUUUCUUCCCUAAAAAGUUCAGAUACCCAAUCAAAAAAUUUACUGUUUUUUGCAAAUCCUCUAAAUCCCCUCCUAAAUUGGAUGAAACCCAGAAAAGCCCUUCUCUUUCUGAUCAACUUAAGCCUCUUUCUGCAACUAUUCUUGCAGAAAAUGGCAAAGAAAAAGCUCAGCUUCUCAAUAAACCACCUAAAUCUGUUUGGGUUAAUCCAACAAAACCAAAGCCUUCUGUUCUUUCUCUUCAACGCCAAAAACGUUCUCCUUUCUCUUAUAAUCCUCAAAUUAGAGACCUUAAACUCUUUGCCAAGAAGCUUAAUGAAUCUGAGUGUUCUUCUGAAGAAGCUUUCUUUUUUCUUCUUGAUGAAAUCCCACAUCAAAUUACCAAAGAAAAUGCUCUUUUGAUGCUUAAUUCUUUAAAACCAUGGGAAAAGGCCUUACUUUUCUUCAAUUGGGUGAAAGCCAAAAAUUUGUUUCCCAUGGAAACUAUUUUUUACAAUGUUACUAUGAAGUCUUUGAGGUUUGGUAGGCAAUUUGAGCUCAUUGAAGGUCUUGCAAAUGAGAUGAUAGAUAAUGAGAUUGAGUUAGAUAACAUUACAUAUUCCACAAUUAUUACUUGUGCUAAAAGGUGUAAUUUGUUUGAUAAGGCAGUGGAAUGGUUUGAGAGGAUGUAUAAAACUAAUGUAAUGCCUGAUGAGGUGACUUACUCAGCUGUUUUAGAUGUGUAUGCUAAGAUAGGGAAAGUUGAGGAAGUUAUGAGUUUGUAUGAAAGAGGUAGAGCGAGCGGGUGGACUCCGGAUCAUAUAGCCUUUUCUGUUCUUUGUAAGAUGUUUGGUGAAGCAGGGGAUUAUGAUGGUAUUAAGUUUGUGUUGCAAGAGAUGAGGUCUCUAGGGGUGCAGCCUAAUUUGAUUGUUUACAAUACUUUAUUGGAGGCAAUGGGGAAGGCUGGAAAGCCAGGCUUGGCGAGGAGUUUAUUUGAGGAAAUGGUUGAUUCGGGUGUUACUCCGAAUGAGAAAACCUUAACAGCCCUUGUCAAAGUCUAUGGUAGGGCUAGAUGGAGUCUUGAUGCUUUGGAGCUUUGGGAGCGAAUGAGAGCAAAUGGAUGGCCUAUGGACUUCAUUUUGUAUAACACAUUGCUGAGUAUGUGUGCUGACCUUGGAUUGGAAGAGGAGGCUGAAAGGCUCUUCGACGAUAUGAAACAGUCUGAGCAUUGCAGGCCCGAUAGCUUUAGCUACACGGCUAUGCUUAACGUAUAUGGUAGUGGAGGAAAGGUUGAUAGGGCGAUGGAAUUGUUUGAGGAAAUGUCGAAAGUGGGUGUUGAUCUUAAUGUCAUGGGAUGUACUUGUCUGAUUCAGUGCUUAGGAAAGAGCAAGAGAAUUAAUGAUUUGGUGAGAGUUUUCGAUGUUUCGAUGAAGAGAGGUAUAAGGCCAGAUGAUAGACUAUGUGGCUGCUUGCUUUCUGUCGUGUCCUUCUGUGAUGACGUUGAAGAUGCUAAUAAGGUUCUUACUUGUUUAGGACAAGCUAACCCAAAAUUAGUUGCUUUCAUUAGUUUGAUGAACGAAGACGUAACUACAUUUGAGACGUUAAAGGAGGAGUUCAAGGCUAUACUAACUAAUGCACAAGUUGAAUCCCGAAGACCCUUUUGUAAUUGCUUGAUCGACAUCUGCAGGAUGAGAAAUCUACAAGAAAGAGCUCAUGAGCUUCUAUAUUUGGGAACCAUUUUUGGACUAUACCCUGGUUUACACAAAAAAACAGCUGAUGAAUGGAGCUUGAAUGUACGGUCACUCUCAGUUGGUGCGGCUCACACUGCGUUUGAAGAGUGGAUGACAAGCCUAUCAAAUAUCAUUGAGCGCCAAGAGGCACUGCCUGAAUUAUUUUCUGCCUAUACAGGUGCAGGAACCCAUAAGUUCUCUAAAGGCCUAGGUAGUGCCUUCGGUUCUCAUAUAGAGAAAUUGUCCGCCCCAUUUAAGCUUAGUGAAGACAGAGCGGGUUGUUUUGUUGCUACUCGAGAAGAUAUAGUAUCAUGGAUUCAAUCUAGGGUUCCUUCACCUGUUUUAACAGCCUAAACGAAGAAUGUAAAGCUGUUUAUAUUACCUUACAUUUUUUGUAUUAUAUUGGCCCUUGGUUGCCGGAAUUUUUCCACAACAUAUUGUAUCUCACUUUUCAUUGUAAUGCAAAAUUCAGAUAAUGUUUAUGCAA